AUGUCACCUUCCACACGCUUUCAGUCGUCGACAGUCACUCAGUCGUCUUCCGACACUCCUUUGUCCACAGAUAAAAUCACUGUCACUAAGAACCACCAAUCGUUGGUUGAAUGGUCUCGAUCCAAAGAUCAUAACUGGGCUGAAUUCCAUCAACUUGUUUCCGAUGCUACGCCCUUAUGUAUAGCAGGAUCGUCGUCACCACUCUACAAGUGCGUUGGCGACGUGGCUAUGGACAUCAAGCAAGGAUAUUCUGGUCAUGGACCGGGAAAGGGUGAAAGAUUGCCUGAGAAUAUCGAUGAAAUCAUCGAUCGUUUAUUUUUCGGCUGGACAACUUUGGCCAAUCCAAAUUCAACCACAAACACAAACACAAAUACCAAUACGAACAGAGAUGAUGAUGAUGAUGAUUAUGAUGAAUCACACUCCAAACAACUUGAAUGGGGUGAUACAAUGUUCAAUGGAUUUAUCAGAGAUACAUUACCUACUAAAACCAAAGAGAAAAUCAAAACACAGAUUGAAUUAUUGGUUGAAAAUGACAAUAAAUCUUGGAAACGCUUGAUGGCAUCUUCGGACAAAUCAAGCUGCAUCCUUAAAGAUUGGCUAGGUAUCAAAACCGCUGAUCUUGAUCUUCCCAGAAGGAAAGGCAGUCUUGGUCUUUCCAAAAGGGGGACAGGAUGCAUCAAUAUAUAUAACUCUCUCAAAGGUCAUCCAGAUAACGGGAAAUCGUGUUCUGGAAAAGGUGAUGAUGAAGGUCGCGAUCAUGGUUCCUUAUCGGUAAUCGGAUCCUUCAAUGAUCUGAAAACCUUUAGAUCCACGGAAUUCGCUGGUGGUCAUCAUCAUUCUAACCAAGAAAAAGCUUCUGCCCUCGCGCAAGGGAAAGCUCUCAGGGAACAUUGGGAGUUGAGACAUCAGACUAAACCAACCGUUCAAGUAUCAUAUACCGGGUCUGACUGGGAGCGAGAAUGGGAAGAUUGA